UCGUCGUCUUCAGGAGGAGUCUCCGUGAUCCGCCGAAGGAGAAGAACAAACCCCCCCAGCCCCCCCCUCAGCGCCCGUCAAAGCCCUUUACCAUGAGAUAUGACCUCGGGGAUGGAUUCCUUGAAGAAGAGGGUGUACCAUGCCGCUAAAGAAGGGCUGGCCAUCUCCCUGUAUGCCCACCUGUCCGUCAGGAACCACCAGGACUGCCAGGAUCUCCUGGGCCAGGUUGUGGAAGAAGAAGGCCAGAAAUGCACACCUCUUCUUAUAGCUGCGAGGAAUGGCCACGAAAAGGCUGUCCGGACACUCCUGAAGUUUCAUCCAGAUCUUGAACAAGAGGGAACGGUCAAAUUUGAUGGCUAUGUUAUUGAAGGAGCGAGCCCCUUGUGGUGUGCUGCUGGUGCUGGUCACCUGGCAGUGGUGAAGAUGCUUGUGCGAGCCGGAGCUGAUGUGAAUCAUCCGACGAAGACAAACUCUACCCCCCUGAGAGCUGCGUGUUUUGAUGGACGGUUAGAUAUAGUGAAAUACUUGACUGAUCAUAGUGCAAAUAUACAUAUAACAAAUAAAUACAAUAACACUUGUCUCAUGAUUGCUGCCUAUAAAGGUCACGUGGAUGUAGUGCAGUUCUUGCUUGAACUUGGUGCAAAUCCGGAUGAAAAAGCCCAUUGUGGAGCCACGGCUCUCCAUUUCGCUGCCGAGUGCGGUCAUGUGAAAAUAGUGCAAGAACUUUUAAAUCACGGUGCAAAAAUUACCAAAAAUGAACACGGCAUGACACCGCUAAUUGCCGCAGCGGAAAGGACAAGAGGUGAUGUUGUGGACUAUUUGAUAUCGAGGGCAGAUGUCACCCGAGAGGAAAAAGUGGACGCUCUAGAGCUACUCGGAGCAUCCUUUGCCAGUGAUAAAGAUAACUACGACAUAGAGUUGGCAUAUAAAUACAUGCUACAGGGAAUGAAGGAACGAUAUAGUGAUGCAAACAAUGUGAUAUAUAAACCAAAAACUAAACCAAUCGCUGCCUAUGAGAAUAGAGUGGAAUGUGCGACCGUAGAAGAACUGGAGGGAAUCAGACAUAUAUCUGCUUCCCUCCACAUGGAAAGUCUAGCCAUUAGAGAACGUAUUUUGGGACCACACAAUCCGGAGGUGCCACAUCCAGUCAUAUUCAGAGGGGCCGUGUUCGCUGAUAAUGCCAGGUUCGACAGAUGUCUGCAGCUUUGGACGCAUGCACUUAGACUGAAACAGCUCAAUAAAGUCUGUGUCAUGAAGGAUCUCUUGAGAUUUGCUCAGGUCUUCUCUCAGAUGUUGCAUGUGGGUGUGCAACUUGAGUUUGAGGCUGUACAUGAAGUCUUGGUCGCUACGGUCUUGGAACUGAAGCGAAAUCAGGAGAAAAUAGUUUGUCCCGGUCCAAAAGAUGACGUAGAAACUGUAAAGGAUGAAAUGGAGAGCAAUAUGAUAACUGCUCUCUACUUAAUCAUGAUAGCCAUGUGCGUUGCCAAGGGCAGAGGGUCUCCAGGGCACCUGAACAGAAGUAACGGAGGGAAUUACACCGGCACUUUUGGAAGUAACUCAAAUGAUGAAACUAAUCUGAUGAACCAAGUUGUAGAUAAAGAAUCUCAGAUUCAUCACACAGUUUAUGGGUUGGUAAGAGUGCAACCGAGAACUAAGUCUGGUCAGACUCUGCUGCAUUUGGCGGUUAACCCAGAAACUCCUGUGGACGAUUUCCACACUAACCAUAUAUGCAGAUUCCCUUGUGCCACUACAACGAAGCUUCUAAUAGCAUGUGGGGCUGAUGUCAACAGUAUGGACAACAACAGGAACACCCCAUUGCACCUUAUAGUUCCUUAUCAAAAACCUGUCAGUGAUUUCUUGACACUACAUAAUAUAAUCAUGGCAUUGAUAGAGAAUGGAGCUCACAUGGAUACUGUUAACCAGAUGGGAGCUACACCGUUUGAUUCUGCAACCACAGGCGUUGCGGAGAUCAUACUUCGUACUCAGAAAAAGCUAAGCCUGAAGUGCCUGGCGGCCAAGGUUGUCAAAAUCAAUGGGAUUCCAUUCAAGGGUCAAGUUCCGUAUCACCUGGAAGCAUUUAUUGAACUGCAUGGUCCUGGCCAUGUCGAUGGACUCUCCAACAGGCCGUCCAGAAGCGAACAUCGACUUGCAUAAACUGUUUUUUGCUCGGUUGCCGCAUCUGAAGCUCUUAUUCUGUGAAUACUGUAUACUACUUAUGGAGGUUUUUAGUUUAUUUAUUGAAUUUUUUCAGAUAACAAUUUUUGCCUUGAGUUUGUUUUUAUAUUGACAAGUCUGACUAAGGGACACAGCUGUUGCUCACCAAAAGCUGCAGGGUUGUCUGCCUUUAUUUGGAGCAAGAAAAAGGCCGUCACAAAUGUUGACUGUCGUUUUCUGGUUUAGGCUCGAGUUAGGUUCCCUAUUUGCUCUCUUUGAUCUUGACAUAUCUAGCAAUUUCCCCCGUGAUCACAGGGAAUGGCGAAGUUGUAAAAUUGUAGUGUCUUCCAACCUCUCCUUGAUACUUCAACUUGUAUUUGCACUCGGUGAUAAGUGUGCUUUGAAAGAUUCUAUAAAGCCUAUAAAGAAGGUUCUUUUGAAACAGGCGAACUCGUAUUUUUACUCAUAGUAUACUACUAUUGAUUUCAGGGUAUUUUGUGAUACAAUUUUGUCAUGUGGAUAGCUUUCCCAGAAUGUAUUAUAUCCCACCAGUGAAUUUAAAUAUAUCAGUAUGUACACAGAUAUUUUAUAUUUUGUCGUGUAGUGACACUCUGAGCAGUACGUAGUGUGUUUUGUGGCAUUUAUUCUUGAUGGUUUUCGCAACAAUUUGUCCACUUCGAAUUUCUCCCAGCGUGCCCAGAAUACUUACUUCAUAUAUUGAUGCUUCUUUACUUAAAUUGUCAAUUGAUUUACAGAGGAAAACCUACAUUUAGUAGUUAGUACUCUACCUUUGUGGAAACACCUUACUCGAGAAGUCUUUAUAACUGGAAAGAAUUUACUUACAUUUGUCUUUGGUUUUCCGGGUCACUUCAGUUUACGACGGUUGGAAAGGUAGUGAGAAAGUGUAGCGUACAUGUGAGCAAGGGUCAAAUUUAUGAAACAUGUCAGACUUUACUGUUAUUAAGCCCAAAAGUUUUUAUUGUAAAUAUUACCAUAUAACCAACCCUUACUUAAGGCAUAUUUCUUUGACUUUAUACUAAUGCAUAAAUUAAAAUUUGUAUGGCUAGUUUGUCAGUGGUUGUUUGAAGCUCAAGGAAGUGUACAUCAGAUGGAGGUUCUUCAGUUUAUUUUCAGGUUACCAAGUAAAUGAUUGAUGUAGUGAUUUUUUAUAUCCAAAUCAGACGUUGACUGUUUAGCUUGCAUUUCAGUAGGAUCAUUUGGAUUUUGCACAUGAUUCAAACUGUCAUGGAGAAGAGUUUAUACUUUUCAGGUUAAAAAUCAUAUUUGAUAUCUCAGUCAGGUGUGAAAGUACAGUUUGUGGUAGAGAGGGGCGUUCGGGAACAAAUCCAUCCACUUUGGGUGAGUGCUUUCUUGGGGAAUUUGCUAAAAGCACGAUAGAUCUGACAAAAGCUUGAAGUUUGUUGAUGUGGUUUUUUUAAGAAAUGGUAAUCUCGUUUGCGUUUAUAUAGCUUCCUUCAGUAGUCAUAAGUUUUGAUUUCUUGUUAAGUGUCUCAGUGGAAAUCUUGGCAUGUUUUAGAUAUGCCACACUUUCUUCUUGUUUCAGGAUCAAAUUUUUGAAAGGUAAAGUUUUUAGAUUUCUAUGUUUUCUAUUGGGGAAUUUUUGAAGUUCCUUUGAAAUACAGUUUACUCUAAUAUGGUCUGCAUGGCACCUAACAUCCAAAGAACAAGAUCGCCAUUAACAUCAGUUUUUCUUUUUGGCUUUUAUCACAUACGUUUGCCGUUUUGAUUGUGACAGAAGUAACGAGAUAGCGUGAGAAGAGGCUGGAGACAUUGGAGAAAUCGAGUUUUGUAAUACAGUAUACAGUCAGUUAUUAUAUGUGAUGUGUAUUGCUCCAGAUAUGUUGCAUUGUAAGUUUUAUCAGACCUGCCGUUGUCAACAACACCUUUGCUGACAUUCUGAGAGCAAAUCUCGAAUCGGACUCAUAGUUUGUUUUCACUGGCUCAAACUUUAUUUAUUGUAACCUUUUGUUCUGCUGUAAUUAUUAGUUUAUUCUACCAGUGUAUCCAGCAGUGCUCAUUCCUAAAAACAAUAUGAUUAAAUAAUAA